CAUUACAUUUUUUCAGAUGAAAUGCUAUAAAAAUGCGGAUAACAACGACACAAUCACUUAUUAAAAACAAAGUUAAAGAAUGAGAAACCUAAACAAAUCAUAUUUGCGUAAAAUUAAGUAUUUCUUGUGACAUUUUAAAACCGUGUCGAUAUCUCAAAAAUCAAAAUGGCGUCCGUGUAACCGCUAAAACAAUGCGUGACUAGCAGACCGGGAAAAUGAAUGCUUUCUUUAUUAUUUUGUGUGGUUUGGUUUGUUGUGUUAGUGGAUUAGUGCUGCAGCCUGAGGACAGACUUGUCAUCCAGCAGUCGGGAGAAACAUCUUUCUUUGUAUCCUGCAGAGGAAUGAAUGGUCUGGAGAGAGAUGUACUCUGGCGAACUGAAAAAGGUCGUAUCUCUGCUGCUACCGGAGACAGAGUUCAUCUAGAACCUUCCGUAGGCGGAGGAAUAGAUCUGGUUUUCAGGUCGAUUGAGCAGGAUGAUCAGGGCCGGUAUACCUGCUCACAGGGCGAGGACACUAAAUUUUUUGAUCUUGUUGUGGUUCAACCCCUGGACUUUAAUGAUACUCCUCCCGUCCAGAUGGUUCAGUUGGGAAAUCCUAAUUUCCGGUUGAAAUGUCGAGCUACUGGGCUUCCUUUCCCUACAAUUACAUGGAAAGUGAAAGGAAAGAGUAUCAGAAACUCUUUUGACAAUCUAAAUCAAGACCUGAAAUAUGAAAUGGAUGGAACAGACCUUUUAAUCAGAAAUAUUGAAAAAUCUGAUGAAGGCAGAUACCUUUGUAAGGCUGUGCAAACUGUAUAUGAUGAAAACAACAGUGUUCUUUACUCUGACUUUAGAGAUAAUAUAAUAGAUCUUAGAAUUGAACAGAGUCCGGAAUGGUUGGAUGAGAAUAGUGGUGGACAAUUCUAUGGAUAUGUUACUGGAACAGCUAAUCUGACCUGCCAAGCUGAAGCAGAGCCUCCUCCAACAUUCAGUUGGUUAGAUGCUCAAAAUCUUCCCGUCAAACAUGGAACAGUUGUUAACUCCGAAUAUAAAUCUACUCUUCUUUUAGAGGUUACUCAUCAUAAUAUUUUUGGGGCAUAUACAUGCAUUGCAGAAAACCUUCAUGGACGUCUUGAAAAGGUUGUCAUGCUCAGCGAAGGGGCUAAACCAGGGACCCCACAGAUUAAACCAAACAGAAUAUUUGGUGACAGUAUACAACUCAAUAUUGUGAAACCAGCAGCAGAACUUUUCUUACACAUAGAAGGAUUUCAGGUUGAAAUCAAACAAGCAGAUAAACCCUGGUCAGAAGCAUCAGUUUUACAAUUUAAUCUGGGGAAUGAUGAUGUGUUUAUAAUCCCUGGAUUAGAUCAACAAACAUUCUACCAUGUGAGAGCACGAUCUAGAAACAAGGCCGGACUGAGUGAUCCCUCAAACAUUAUUUAUCUUAAGACUAAUGGUGAAAUACCAUACCAGGCCAAGAUAGGGCAGCCCAGCCCAGCAGGAAGUAUACACUGUGAAAUCUACCUGCUUUCCCUUGCCGCCUUAGUCCUUACACUAUCCUGGUGAAUUGAACCAUGCAGUGAAAUAUCCAAAUAUCAUAUGGUGGUAGGCGAUUAUACUAAUAUAAUGAAGACAACUUUUUAUUUAAGCUUUAUUUGUU